GCCUGCCAACUCGAGAACCCAUGCCUAGCUGGCACCUUCGAUCGCUCGAAGAGCAGCCUCAGCACAGACAGAGAGAGAAGGAGAGAUGGAACCACAACAGCAAAUGUGCUGAUGUGAUACGAGCGACUGUCAGGAGGAUGGAUUUUGACGCAGCAUUGUGAAUUCUUUCGUCUGCUUCUGCUCAUUGGUGUCCGUCAAAUCGAUAUUCGUCUUGAAUUCUCUGAAUUCGCUAGGGGUGAUCUUCAGCCGAAAGGGAGGAAUUCAGGGAUUGUGUUUCGAUGAACUGUGACAAUUCAUCUUCUCAUUCAGCAACUUUGGUUCGCCGAUUCUAGGGACAUUGUUAGCAUCGUACCAUGUUUCUAGCAGUACGGGAAAGCGCAUUCAUGGUCAAAGAAUCGCCAAAGCGGACGUUGUCUUUCAUUUUUGUGGUCGUAAUUCUCGGGUCAUUGCGGUGUCUGCACACCUAGGGUUGUAUAUUAUCCGCUCUUGGUUUAAAUAGGCAGUUAUUCGCAAACAUGUCUCGGGAGGAAGCAUCGGCAGAUGUUGAACGAGGAAUUACUCCCAGUGAUACUACUAGCCAACGCAGCGAGGAUGUAAUUGUGCAAUUUGCAGCUGCCGCUCAACCCGAGAUGAUGCGAGCCGCUGAGAAAGAUGAGCAUUAUGUGGGACAAGUUUGCGAGGCGUGUUAUGAUGCUUUUCGGCAUACUUUUGGAACAAGGCUGGCCGUUGCGUACCAGAAUGAGAUGAAGUUAGCUGGACGAGUACUCUACUACCUCUUGACCACGGGGUCUGGUCUUCAAACUCUUGGAGAAGAAUAUUGUGAUAUCGUCCAGGUCGCAGGUGUUCCUGGUCUUCCUGCCACACCGGCCAGAAGAACUUUGCUAGUGUUUUAUCAGACUGUUCUACCGUAUCUUGCAGAACGGCUAAGUUCAAGGGCGGCAGCACAAGGAAUGGCGUUAGGAGCUGAGGAUGAACCGAAUGAUAUGGAUAUCGUGUCUCAAAUUUCUAGCGAGGAAGAGAGUGCCGAUAGAGAAGCAAGCGGUUCUGAGAGGCUGGCGUCCUCAAACCUAAGAAGAAACGCCCUAGAGGUGAACUCUAGAAGUAGAAUGUCUUUGACAGGAGGAUUGCGUCAGGCCUGGAUGACAGCUUUAAGGCGUUGGGCAAUGAUACUUCCGUCAGUCCGUGAAGCCUUGAUGCUGUUUGUGCGCACACACCUCAUGCUAUUUUAUUUUGAAGGUAUAUAUUAUCAUAUGGGUAAGCGUGCAGCAGGAAUUCGUUACAUUUUCACCGGCAGACCGACCCAGCAGAGGCCGAGGUACCAUAUGUUGGGGUUGUUUCUCUUUAUCCAGCUAAGUUUUGUUUGCGGUGACUGGUUGACACGCACGGUUUUUCCCUCCAUUGCUUCCUCAAUGCGAUCACGGGCAGCCUAUUCGUCUGUAUCUCCUGCUGACUCUCGAGGGAUAGCUGUUAUCGAUGAAGAUGGUGGAAAAUUAGAUGACAAGGGCACUAAUAGGCAGUCAAGUCGUUGGGCAGAUGCGGAGGCCCCUGGAUCAAGUAAAUGUCCUCUUUGUUUGAGUGCUCGUCAACAUCCAACUGCGACGCCAUGCGGGCAUGUCUUUUGCUGGAACUGCGUGGCAGAGUGGUGCAAUGAAAAACCGGAAUGUCCUCUAUGUCGAGCUCCCGUAACACACCCAGAACUGGUGUGCGUGUACCACGCGGACUUUUGACGUAUAUGGACAAAAUUGGUUAACUUCACGCAUCCAAAUAGAUUAGCGAAGAGAUGAAAGCAGAAGCAUGAAUUGAGGAAAAUUUAUUUUAGACUAAAGAUCAGUGAACUGAGGUAUGGAUUUGACAAACCACGUAGGUUGAGCAUCAGCUUGUAUAUCAUGUUACAUUCAAGUUAUACGUGUUUGGGAAAGCAGGCAUUUAAUCAGGAUAGUUAGAAAGACUUGACGCCUCUAGAUGGGUUUGGCCUACUAUGUAUCGGACUGCAAAAAAUCCUCAGUUGAUGACUUUGCAGUCUGGUUGCCUGCUUGAUCGUAACCGAGGGCACUGAGGCCAUCAAUAGCUAUCACACGGCUUUCGAGUGUUGCGCUUAUGUUUUACAUCAUUUUCAUAUUUAAAUGAGUCCAGCAUCCCCGCAUGCAACACAUGCGUCAUGACUCGCAGAGAAAAAUUGACUUUCUUUUAACCGA